AUGGAACGACAAUGUGUCUUCACAGUCAGUCACCGAGGUCUGAGACAGACUCGUUCAAGCACUGGACUACAUAAUAAUACACAGAGGGUCAUUGACUUGGCCAUCAACGAAAGCCGUAGCUCGUCUCAGCACACAGCUCUUGGUCCCAAUAUUGCAGACACGGCCGACGCAGGUCUGGGGGGUGAAAGCUUCAGUGGAUUCCUUCCAACGCUUUUUGACGAUGAUCUGGAUUCAUUUCAAUUCGACGACAUCUUCCAGGGAGGCUCGGAAGCCGAAUUGGACAGUUUCUUCGCGAACAUCUUCAGCGCGCCCUCUUUUCCUCGCGCCAGCCCCCACGAGGUCACUACAGCAAUAGCUCUUCUCGAUGAAGAGUUGUAUUCCCAAUAUCGAAGCCAUGCCGAAAUUCUAAGCGGCUACUACCGACUGAUACAUCCCAUCUACCCUAUCCUCCCGCCACCUCUGGAAGAUGGUAGCACGAGUCUGACGGAUAUGCACGUUCAGGAAGACAUCCAACUGGAGGCCUCAUCUCCCCUGAUGCUAGCGUUGCACGCACUGCUCAUUCUUAUUCCAGACCCAGAAUCCGACGAGGCUUUCAGCGAAGUCGAGCGUCAAGGUCGAGCCAGCAUGUCGCAAACCCUGUGUGUACGAGCGCUUGAGGCAUUGGAGCUUGCCUCGCAGAAUCAAAUUACGGGAGUUCGUUCACUCUCAGUCUCCAACUUCCACCCACACGUCCCCAAAGAGUCCGAGACUCCGCUUGCCUGUUGCGUGCUGGGCCUAUAUCAGUACCUUCACCCAGGUGACUUGCAGGAGAUGACCGCGCUCUCCUGGAGGGCAUUCGAUAUGUCAACAAGUCUUUGCUUGAAUGGCAAGGCAGAAACACCCAGCCGGUUUGCUGAAUCGUUGCGGAGAACAUGGUGGAUGAGCUAUUUGUGUGUUUGCAAUGCUACAAUCGUGAACUGCAAGCUCUGGGUGCACUACAUCCGCGCCGAAGAGGCUCUUGUUGCCGCUACCUUACUCCUUGUCGCACUGCUCAGGGGAUUCGCUUCGGAGUCCGAAGUGUCCGCGUUCAAUCGAGAUAUUGGCAUUCUCGAUCGGGUGAUAAUGCAUCAGCUAGGACCAAUCGGUUCCCAAGGCAUCUCUGGGUUCGACCUUCUUGACUCUCCCGAAGCCAGGCUUGCUGUGUGUCUGCGAACAACUAGUCGUGCCAGGCUGAUGAGGUGUGUUGGAUCCGGACUACUGAGCCACUCCUCCGUACAGCGUCCUAACGUGCCCAGCGCGCGCAUCAAGCUGCACAGAUACCGGGCCUUCAUGGGCCAUCCACGAAUAUUGAAGAGGUUUGCGGCGGUCACUCCGAUGAAGUCAUCCGAGCGUGAUUCGGUCAUCGAUAUGCGGAGAGGGGCAGAAUUUUCCGUAAAGGCCGCCCAAAUGUUCCCUUUCUCGAGCGAGCACUCCCACAGGGUCUGCUUGGAGUCGGCUACGGCCAUCGCUCAUGGCCUCGACCGCCUGAGGUCGUUGGGAAUCCGCGAAAGCUUACGGGCCCAUCCAGCAACUCCGGCGGCCUGCUCGUCAAACCUCGCCGGCUUCACUCUGAUGAUGAUAUCCCACUUCCAGACGUCCACGCCGGGGGCAGCUGGCUCCGAGGUUACGCGGCAAGAGGUCCAGAGGCUAUGCAAAGAGGGAGUUAACACUGCCAUUGGCGCUCUUGGGCAGUUUUCGGGGCAUUUCAGAUUCGUCAAGGCGCUCAAAGGUAGAGAAAAGCCCCGUCGACGAUAG